AUGCUCUCAGGAUUCUUCAUCGCACCAGUGAAAGGAGCCUAUCACUUUGAGUUCUACAUCGGAUCUCAUGGUACCAAUCAUAACUCUGCGGCUGCUCUGGUGAAGAACGGAGAGCAUGUGGUCAUUGCACAUGAACGAUCAUCAGAUGGACAUUCUAACGCCGCUAACGGAGCCACUCUGCUGCUGGAGGCCGGAGAUGUGUUGGCAUCACGCCACUGUCUGUGCCCCAUCAUCAGACACUCUCAGACCUGCAGAAAAGAGACAAACUUCACGAUGAAUGGGUGCUCCCAAGCUCAGGGGACUGCCACCUUUCUCAUCAAAGGAGCCAUUUUGGCCUCGUUUCUGGGACAGGGACUUAGAGGAGUGUAG